CCAGCUCUAUAUUCGCGUCCGCUUCUUCUCUUUCAUCUACCACUUCUUUGUCCUAGGGUUUCAGGUAUUCCCCCCCCCGGCAGACCCUUGAUCGUGGUAUAGGAGACGCGACAAAUCAAGUUUAUACCCAUGAUCUUUUGCAGCUCUGCCAUGCUUCCAUUUGUGUGAUCAAACAUAACAAUCUGUGCUGUAGAAAAGGUUAUUGCUGAUACAUUAAUAUACAAUAUGGCAAUGGAAGUCACACAGAUACUCUUGAACGCACAAGCUGUUGAUGGUACAGUACGGAAACAUGCAGAAGAAAGCCUCAAACAGUUUCAGGAGCAAAACCUUCCCAGUUUCUUGUUAUCACUCUCUGGUGAAUUGUCGAAUGAUGAUAAGCCUGUCGAUAGCCGUAAAUUAGCUGGUUUAAUCCUCAAAAAUGCCUUGGAUGCAAAAGAACAGCAUAGAAAACUUGAGCUUGUACAGAGAUGGUUGUCAUUAGACACAACUGUGAAAGCCCAGAUUAAAUCAUGCUUGUUGCAAACCCUUUCUUCUCCUGUACCUGAUGCUCGGUCAACUGCAUCCCAAGUUAUUGCAAAGAUUGCGGGCAUUGAGUUGCCACAUAACCAAUGGCCAGAGCUGAUAGGUGCACUCUUAUCAAACAUUCAUCAGCUUCCUGGUCAUGUCAAGCAGGCAACACUUGAAACACUUGGAUAUUUGUGUGAGGAAGUUUCUCCAGAUGUUGUAGACCAAGAUCAAGUGAACAAUAUACUUACCGCUGUGGUUCAGGGUAUGAAUGCCACUGAAGGGAACAAUGAUAUCAGGCUUGCUGCCACACGUGCAUUGUAUAAUGCUUUGGGCUUUGCCCAAGUGAAUUUCACCAAUGAUAUGGAGCGAGACUACAUCAUGAGAGUUGUAUGUGAAGCAACUUUAUCAUCUGAGUUGAAGAUAAGGCAAGCAGCUUUUGAGUGUUUGGUCUCCAUUUCUUCAACCUAUUACGAUAAGCUAUCUCCAUACAUCCAGGACAUUUUUAACAUAACAUCAAAAGCAGUGAGGGAAGAUGAGGAGCCAGUUGCUCUCCAGGCUAUUGAGUUCUGGAGUUCAAUCUGUGAUGAGGAGAUAGAUAUCUUAGAAGAAUAUGGGGGUGAUUUUAGUGGUGACUCUGAAAUCAUUUGCUUCUAUUUUAUUAAGCAGGCUCUUCCUGCUCUUGUCCCUAUGCUAUUGGAGACACUCCUUAAGCAGGAAGAGGAUCAGGAUCAAGAUGAAGGAGCAUGGAACCUUGCAAUGGCAGGGGGGACAUGCUUGGGUUUAGUUGCAAAGACUGUUGGGGAUGAUGUUGUUCCACUGGUUAUGCCUUUUAUUGAAGAGAACAUAACAAAACCAGAUUGGCGGCAAAGGGAGGCGGCAACUUAUGCCUUUGGAUCUAUCUUGGAGGGUCCAUCUCCUGAAAAACUCAUCUCUAUUGUUAAUGUUGCGUUGAUCUUUAUGCUUACUGCAUUGAUGAAGGACCCUAACAACCACGUGAAGGACACUACUGCAUGGACUCUUGGAAGAAUUUUUGAAUUCCUUCAUGGCUCAACAGUGGAAACACCCAUAAUCACCCAGGCAAACUGCCAAGAGAUCAUAAAAGUUUUGCUCCAGGUCAUGAAAGAUGCUCCCAAUGUUGCUGAGAAGGCUUGUGGUGCACUCUAUUUUCUUGCACAAGGUUAUGAGGAUGUGGGCUCAUCUUCCUCCCCCCUAACACCUUUUUUCCAGGAAAUUGUUCAAGCCCUUCUUACUGUGACACAUAGAGAAGAUGCAGGCGAAUCCCGCCUCCGCACUGCUGCUUAUGAGACAUUGAAUGAAGUUGUUAGGUGUUCAACAGAUGAGACGACUCCCAUGGUAAUGCAGUUAGUUCCUCUCAUAAUGAUGGAGCUCCAUCAGACACUAGAAGCACAAAAGCUUUCAUCUGAUGAGAGGGAAAAACAAAAUGAAUUGCAAGGCCUUCUAUGUGGAUGCUUGCAGGUCAUCACACAAAAGUUGGGGGCCUCUGAGCCAACAAGGUUUGUGUUCAUGCAAUAUGCAGAUCAGAUGAUGUCUCUCUUUCUAAGGGUCUUUGCUUGUAGAAGUGCAACAGUGCACGAAGAGGCCAUGCUUGCUAUUGGAGCCUUGGCCUAUGCAACAGGAUCUGAAUUUGCAAAGUACAUGCCCGAAUUUUACAAGUAUUUGGAAAUGGGCCUCCAGAAUUUUGAGGAGUAUCAGGUAUGUGCCAUCACAGUUGGUGUGGUUGGGGAUAUAUGCAGGGCAUUGGAGGAUAAAAUACUUCCAUAUUGUGAUGGAAUCAUGACACAACUUCUCAAAAACUUGUCAAGCAAUCAAUUGCAUCGUACUGUCAAGCCUCCAAUAUUCUCAUGUUUUGGUGACAUUGCCCUGGCGAUAGGAGAAAAUUUUGAGAAGUACUUGAUGUAUUCCAUGCCCAUGCUUCAGAGUGCUGCAGAACUGUUUGCCCGUGCCUCGGGGGCUGAUGAAGAAAUAAUAGAGUACACCAAUGUUCUAAGAAAUGGGAUUUUGGAAGCAUACUCGGGGAUUUUCCAAGGCUUCAAGAACUCUCCCAAGACACAGCUAUUGAUGCCGUAUGCCCCUCACAUUCUCCAAUUCUUGGAUAGCUUGUACAUUGAGAAAGAUAUGGACGAUUUGGUGAUGAAGACUGCAAUAGGAGUCUUGGGAGAUCUUGCUGAUACUCUGGGUGGUAAUGCAGGUCCUUUGAUUCAACAAUCUGUGUCAAGCCGAGACUUUCUAAAUGAAUGCUUGUCAUUAGAUGACCAUUUGAUCAAGGAAUCUGCCGAAUGGGCCAAGUUGGCUAUCAGUCGAGCAAUUUCUGUUUGAAGCUGCCGUCUCUUGGUGUAUUCUUAUGUAGAAGUCCCUGCAUGCAUUUGGGUGUGUCGAGUUGGGGUCUGGGAUUGCAUACCAUGUGUCAGGUUGUCACCGUUUUUGCACCACAGGAGUUAGGGUUUGUUGGGUUGUUACUAACUCAUGUCAGCACGAUGGAGGCGGGUCUUUUUCAUUUGACAUUUGAGGAAGUGGGUGGUGGGACCUACUUGCCUCUGCUAACUUUGCACACAAAUGGGUGAGAACCUCCCCUUGGAGAAGAAAUAAUAAAAAAGAAAAAAAAGUGGCGUGGGAGGAGUGAAGAAGGGACUGAAAUGUGGCUGCGAUCGGUUGAGCAGACACAGCUUUGGCUGUUUUUACCAUUGCCACAGUAUAAUGCUGGUUCUGUUUGAGAGUUGCAUCUUAUCAAAGACCCCAUCCCACCAAGCUGGUGCUUUCUCCCAACAGGCGAGCAAUCAAAGUGCUGUUUGAGAGUUGCUUCAAAUAUUGCAGCACUUGAAACACUCUCCAAGAGUAUUUCUGCUCUUUUUCAUCCCAUUUUAUUUUAUUCACUUUCGCUUCUUUCUUCUCUUUCAAUACGAAUUUUGUAUUCAGACCUGCAUUAUUCUUGUUGUCUGUCAGAGUCGGUCUGGUAUCAUCUCCUCUCGCUCUUUCCUAUACUCUCAUUAUGUGGGACUUGUAAUCUCCCACAUAAUGCUUAGGUGUUUAUAUAUCCUGCAUUAGCAAUAUUUGAUCGUCAUCUUCAUUUUUUCCAUAGGUGUCUAUUUUUUGUUGAUAUCACAUACACAAUGCAUUCAUCAUAUCAUGCAUGCUUCAUUUUCCUUUGCUAUUGUUUUUUAUUAUUUUUGGCUUAGCUCUGUUUGUUUUAUCUAUUUUUCUUGUGUAAUCGUUUUGAUUACUACCAUUUGGAUAAGAGUGGAAAACAUACAUCAGGAAUUGUGCGACAUAGAAAACCUGUGAAAAAGUCUUGGUGUGCAUGGGUUGUAACUUUGCCUUGUCUUCAGGUUCAAAAUUAUGUAUGAAAAUUUGUUUUUAUGGAACAAGGGCCUGUUUAUUAUA